CUUGAUGUUGUUGUUGGUCUCACAUCAUGCUGAGAAUGGUUCUGCAAGGCAGCGUAGGUAGGUAGGUGCUGUGUGAUGAUCCGGUGUGGACCCUUGAUGCGGCUCCUUCGGUGUGUGUGUGCACUUUGGUUGUAUGUACCUCCAACAACAACCAGCCUUGUGGAAAUCAGAUGAGCCCGCAACGCGCCACAUCCACACAGUGAGGGUACAAGCAUGAGCUUUUCUCGGCGAGAUACACCACACCCCGGCUAAGGACGGAGUCCAAGUCCGGACGAUUGGGGCCGUGUGUGUUGCUGAACAACAACAACUCUCUGUUGUCCACCCCGGUAUGUGCUUCCCGCUUUUUUUCUGAGAGGGUACUUGCACUUCUUUGUUGUUGUGCGCGCGCACGCACGGGUGACACACACAUUGUCUGUGGUUCCCGUGCGGGCGGAAAAGUCUCGCUUUUUUCGAGGAUCCAAUGAAAGGGGUGGUGUCAUUCUUUUUCUAUUUCGGCCUCUGGACUAGUCCCCGCUGUCUGGGGGUCCCCGGGCCGAUAGAGGUGACGAGGACCUGGCACUUACACAAGAAUAUCGGUUCCCCGGUCACAAAAUGGACGUUGGUAUUUUGUGAUCGAGCUUGCAACCUUGGCUUCGAAGGGACCGGACCAUUGAUGGGCCCACGGAUCUUGUGAUCAUGUGGCUCUCUACCCGGUAACCAUGGGUCAUGGAUGGGGGGUGGGUGGUGGCUAGCUGCCCGUUCGACUCGCCGAACCUCCCUCUCCGGGAAAGGCCAUAGCUUCACACACACACACCUCUUCCUCGUCCCUGUCACUCAUGGUUGCAGUCUUGCGGAAGGGGGACACGGAGGAUUUGGGGUAGGUGAUAUUGUUGGGUGGUGGAGGCAAAAAAAAACAUGUUGAUCAGCAUACAGUGCCCUUUGCCGGGGGGCGUGGGGCAGGCAGGACCAGGACUUCAACGGCCAGUCCGUCGACAUAUAAGUAACGCCUCCCCCGUCAUCGUCAUGAGCUUCUUUGGUUUUUGGGAGAACCAUCCAUUCUCAGUCAAGACACACACAGAAUCAGCCGACGCCGGGGGCAACUUUAUUCUGUCGUAUCACACCCCCCUUACCCCCCUUUUUUUUUCUUUCUGUUGUUUCUAUCUCAGACAAGUCCGAGACAUACAUAUAGGACAUUACAUACAUACGAUGCACGGCGGCGGCAGCAGUAUGAAAAGGCUGCUGACGUGGGCCACCCUCGUGGGGUCCAUGUCGGCGGUGACAAAAGCGGCAUGCCCUUUUGCUGAUCCCAACUACCACCUCGCCAAGAGGGACGAGGGCGCGAGCCAGCAGACGGAGAAUAUUCUCGAAGAGUACGAGGUUGACGACAGCAAUGCUUACAUGUCGUCCGACGUUGGUGGGCCGAUGGAGGACCAGAACAGCCUCAAGGCUGGGUACAGGGGGUCUACCCUGAUGGAGGAUUGGAUCUUUAGGCAAAAGAUUCAGCAUUUUGAUCAUGAACGAAUCCCCGAAAGGGCUGUUCACGCUCGUGGUGCCGGUGCUCACGGUACCUUCACCAGCUAUGCCGACUGGAGCAACAUCACGGCUGCUUCCUUCCUCGGUGGAGCUGGAAAGAAGACUCCCGUCUUCGUCCGGUUCUCGACCGUUGCUGGUUCCCGCGGCAGUGCUGAUACCGCUCGCGAUGUCCACGGGUUCGCUACCCGCUUCUACACUGACGAAGGAAACUUUGACAUUGUCGGCAACAACAUCCCCGUCUUUUUUAUCCAAGACGCCAUCCGCUUCCCCGACUUGAUCCACUCUGUCAAGCCCAGCCCGGACAAUGAGGUCCCCCAGGCGGCCACCGCCCACGAUUCGGCGUGGGACUUCUUCAGCCAGCAGCCCAGCACUAUGCACACUCUCUUCUGGGCCAUGUCCGGCAACGGCAUCCCCCGCAGUUAUCGUCACAUGGACGGCUUCGGCGUGCACACCUUCCGCUUCGUCACGGACGACGGCAACUCCAAGCUCAUCAAGUGGCACUUCAAGACCAAGCAAGGCAAGGCUUCUCUGGUCUGGGAAGAGGCCCAGGUUCUCGCUGGCAAGAACGCCGACUUCCACCGUCAGGAUCUCUGGGACGCGAUCGAGUCAGGCAACGGUCCAGAGUGGGAGCUGUCCGUCCAGAUCGUCGACGAAGAAAAGGCCCUCGCCUUUGGGUUUGACCUCCUCGACCCCACCAAGAUCAUCCCCGAGGAGCUCGCCCCGUUGGUUCCCCUCGGUAUCAUGAAGCUGGACCGGAACCCGACCAAUUACUUUGCCGAGACGGAGCAGGUCAUGUACCAGCCUGGUCACAUUGUCCGUGGUGUCGACUUUACCGAGGACCCGCUUCUCCAAGGCCGUUUGUUUUCGUACCUUGACACGCAGCUCAACCGGAACCAGGGCGGGCCCAACUUUGAGCAGAUCCCCAUCAACAGACCCGUCUCGCCUGUUCACAACAACAACCGGGACGGGGCGGGACAGAUGCUUAUUCAUAAGAAUGUUUACCCUUAUACCCCUAACACUCUCAACGGGGGGUACCCCCUCCAAGCCAACCAGACGCACGGGAAAGGGUUCUUUACGGCGCCGAACAGGAUCGUGGAUGGGAAGCUGGUCAGGGCGCUGUCGCCGACGUUUGAUGAUCAUUGGUCGCAGCCGAGGUUGUUUUACAACUCGUUGACGAGGGUUGAGCAGCAGUUUUUGAUCAACGCUAUCCGGUUUGAGGCAUCUCACCUCAAGAACGAGCAGGUGAAGAAGAACGUGUUGGAGCAGAUCAACCGUGUGUCAAACGAUGUGGCGAAGCGGGUUGCGGUGGCUCUUGGGCUUGAGGCGCCGGCUCCGGACCCGGCAUUCUACCAUAACAAUGUCACGGCUGGGCUUUCCAUCUUUAACGGAACCCUCCCCACGAUUGCGACUUUGAGGGUUGGCGUCCUUGCCUCGUCUUUCAAUGAUGGGUCGCUUGCUCAGGCGCGGGAGUUGAAGGAGCAGCUCAGCAAGGAGGGGGUUGUAGUCACUGUUGUUGGCGAGGUUCUCAAGGAGGGGGUGGGUCAGACUUACUCUGCUGCUGAUGCCACUGGGUACGACGCGGUUGUUGUGACGGAUGGGGCGGAGGGGUUGUUGACUGGAGGAAAGAACUCUCCGUUGUUCCCUGCCGGACGGCCGGGGCAGAUCUUGGUGGAUAGUUAUCGUUGGGGGAAGCCGGUCGCUGCUGUGGGGGAGAAUGCCGGACAGGCGUUGGAGCAGACGGUUGGGGUGAGUAGGGGGCAGGAUGAGGGUGUUGUUGUUGGGGAGGGGGUUGAGCAGGUUGUGAAGGGGGUUGAGGAGGGGUUGAGGGUGUUUAGAUACUUGGGGAGGUUCGCUGUUGAUGAGGGGGCAGAGUAGAAGGAAGAGGAAAAGGGAAUGGGUUCAUGAUUGUAAUGAUGUUGGAUUAUUGUUUUUUUUUUUGUUUUUUUUUGGGAAAAAGGAUGGGUUGGGCUAAUAUUCGAUUCGCGGUGUAGAUAAUUUUUAUGAGACUUUUAUUCUUUACUCAUGCUUGUUUACUUUAUUGUCUG